AAGUGUGAACCAGAAAAAGAAAACCCAUGAUAAGAGGGAUGUCUGGACAGUGAAUAUGGGAAGCAAAACCUUACUGGCACAGAAAGGAUUUUAAAAUGGGAAAACUGGAGUUUUGAUCAGUGACGGCUGCAGGUGGAGUGUGUGUUUUUUUCUCAUCACAAUGUGUGAGGGAUGGAUGCGGGUCGGAUGCCAGUUUAUUUUCUUUACGGAUACAAGGACUGGCAAGUUAUCAGCAUGAUUUACAGAGGGCAGAAAAACUGAUAUCAAUGUUAAAUUUGACUCUGGAGAGAGGACCAUGGCGAAAGGGAAGGGACUGUUAUUUUCACUGCUGUACUUUAUAGCAGAGUUUUGGCUCACUUCGCAGCAGGUCCUGAGAAUAGGUGGCAUCUUUGAGACUCUUGAGAAUGACCCCGUUAGUGUUGAAGAACUGGCCUUUAAAUUUGCGGUCACCAACAUAAACAGGAACCGGACCUUAAUGCCAAACACCACAUUGACCUAUGAUAUCCAGAGAAUAAACCUCUAUGACAGUUUUGAAGCCUCAAGAAGAGCGUGCGACCAGUUGGCCCUGGGUGUUGGGGCAGUGUUCGGACCCUCUCACAGCUCAUCAGUCAGCGCGGUCCAGUCUAUAUGUAACGCCCUGGAAGUCCCUCACAUCCAGACACGCUGGAAACACCCCUCAGUGGACAACAGAGACAGCUUCUACAUUAACCUCUAUCCUGAAUACACCUCUAUAAGCCGAGCUGUGCUGGACAUAGUGCAGUACUACAAGUGGAAGACGGUCACUGUUGUUUAUGAAGAUGCAACGGGACUGAUUCGUUUGCAAGAGUUGAUCAAAGCUCCAUCCAGAUACAGCAUUAAAAUCAAGAUCCGCCAGCUGCCAACAGGAAGUAAAGAUGCCCGUCCUCUAUUAAAGGAGAUGAAGAAGGGAAAGGAGUUCUAUGUCAUCUUUGACUGCUCUUACCAAACAUCAGCUGAUGUUCUCAAACAGAUCUUGUCCAUGGGGAUGAUGACUGAAUAUUACCACUUCUUCUUCACCACACUGGACCUGUUUGCCCUCGACUUGGAGCCGUACCGCUAUAGUGGGGUCAACAUGACGGGCUUCAGACUGCUCAACAUAGACAGCCCGCAGGUGGCCUCGGUGGUGGAGAGGUGGGCCAUGGAGCGGCUGCAGGCUCCCUCUAAAGCUGAGACUGGAAUGAUGGAGGGGAUGAUGACAACCGAAGCAGCUCUGAUGUAUGACGCUGUCUACAUGGUGGCUGCUGCCUCGCAGCGCACCUCCCAGAUUACCGUCAGCUCGCUUCAGUGCCACCGACACAAACCCUGGCGCUUUGGAUCGCGCUUUAUGAACAUGCUCAAAGAUGCACAAUGGAACGGCUUGACGGGACAAAUAAUUGUAAACAAGACGGACGGCCUGCGGAAAGAAUUUGAUUUAGAUGUCAUCAGCCUCAAGGAAGAUGGCUUGGAGAAGAUUGGCGUGUGGAACUCUCAAACAGGCCUUAAUUUAACAGAAAGCAACAAGGACUCAUCCACAAAUGUGACCGACUCAAUGGCCAACAGGACACUCAUUGUCACAACUAUUCUGGAAAAUCCCUAUGUCAUGCAUAAGAAAUCUGAUAAGCCCUUGUAUGGAAAUGAUCGCUUUGAGGGCUACUGCCUCGACCUGCUCAAAGAGCUCUCCAACAUUUUGGGCUUCUCCUAUGAGGUGAAGUUGGUGACUGAUGGCAAAUAUGGAGCUCAGAAUGACAAGGGGGAGUGGAACGGCAUGGUGCGAGAACUCAUUGACCAUGUGGCUGACCUCGCUGUGGCCCCUCUCACUAUCACAUAUGUGAGGGAAAAGGUGAUAGAUUUCUCCAAACCCUUCAUGACGCUGGGAAUCAGCAUCCUCUACCACAAACCCAACGGCACCAAUCCAGGGGUGUUCUCCUUCCUCAACCCUCUGUCUCCUGAUAUCUGGAUGUAUGUGCUACUGGCAUGCCUGGGUGUCAGCUGUGUGCUCUUUGUUAUUGCCAGGUUUACUCCUUAUGAGUGGUACAACCCUCACCCCUGCAACCCAGACUCGGAUGUGGUCGAAAACAACUUCACUCUAAUAAACAGUGUCUGGUUUGGAGUCGGAGCACUUAUGCAACAAGGAUCUGAGCUGAUGCCUAAGGCCCUCUCUACGAGGAUAGUUGGUGGAAUAUGGUGGUUCUUUACGCUGAUCAUAAUCUCCUCAUACACUGCCAACUUGGCUGCCUUCCUCACUGUGGAGAGGAUGGACUCACCAAUCGACUCUGCAGAUGACUUGGCCAAGCAAACGAAAAUAGAGUACGGUGCUGUAAGAGACGGCUCCACCAUGACCUUUUUUAAGAAAUCUAAGAUCUCAACUUACGAAAAAAUGUGGGCGUUCAUGAGCAGUAGGAAAAAUACAGCCUUGGUGAAAAACAACCGGGAGGGGAUUCAGAGGGUUCUCACCACAGACUAUGCUCUUCUGAUGGAAUCGACCAGCAUCGAGUACAUCAGCCAGCGUAACUGCAACCUCACACAGAUUGGAGGCUUGAUAGAUUCAAAGGGCUAUGGAGUGGGAACCCCAAUUGGUUCCCCUUACAGAGACAAGGUCACCAUCGCCAUCUUGCAGCUUCAGGAGGAAGGGAAGCUGCACAUGAUGAAGGAGAAAUGGUGGAGAGGAAAUGGCUGCCCAGAGGAGGACAGCAAAGAGGCCAGUGCUCUGGGUGUGGAGAACAUUGGCGGAAUCUUUAUUGUGCUGGCUGCCGGACUCGUCCUCUCAGUUUUUGUAGCAAUUGGAGAAUUUAUUUACAAAUCCCGAAAAAACUUGGACAUCGAGGAGGUGAGUGUUGGUCAGUGCGAAUGGCAUAACAAGUAUUAACACACUAGGGGACUUGAUCAAAGACUGUUAUAAACGCACCUACACAUUUAUGUUGUUAUUGUUGUCUUCAGAGGACUACAGUAAUCACUGGGCCAACAAGAAAUAUGUCUGAAUGUGUUGAACUGCAUUGUUACAAUCAAAAAAGAAAUGCUUUUUAAUAAAGAGUUGAGUGUUUUCAGUAGUUUUAAUGUAGAGCUCAUGGACAUUUUAGUCUUAAUUGGAAGAAUACUUUUGAAACCCUUUCCUAUGAUGACAGAUGGCUGUUGACUUCUGACAUCAUGACACUUGACCAUCUUGGCCUUGCUUCUUUUGCAAAAAAACUGUUACAUUGUUUUGUGUGGAACUAAAAGGUAAUUGUCAUGCCAUGAUAUUGUGAAUACGUCAGCAAGAGGCUUGUUAAGGCUUGUUUGUCGUAUUAUUAUGAACAACUGCAGUAGGGUUGGGAGGGUUCUGUAAAAUGUUUUGGUAAUUUUCAUAUUAAGAGUGCAAAGAAACGAGAGAACUUCUUCUUACCACUUUUGUAUGUAUUCAUGUAUUUAAAAAAAAAAUAAUAACUUGAUUUAUUCAUGUUUCCAUUUUGUUUUUGAGUGUUCCCACAAAAUGUUAUUCAAGUUGUUUUACACUCAGGCCAUCAGUUGCUUACUGUCUGCUGUCUUCUUUUGCUUUUGUAUCAUAUCAAGUUCACAAACAUGCAUGUAUAUGUUUCGUCAAGUUGGAAUUGUUUCAGAAUGACUAAAGUUAUGUGAGAACAUUACGUCCUUUAACCUUUUAUUUCCGCUUGUUUUGGCUUUGAUUUCUCCCUUUCUCUGCACGCACAGCUUUUCCCCUUCCUUGGUGGAGAGGUUAGCAAGUGGGAUAACGUUUGCACAAUUUCAAAUUCCAGCUGUCCCAGUUUGAAUAUUUGAUGGUUGUGAUCCUUUUUAGUUCCCUUAUAAUUUGUUUCUGGGGAACAAUUUUCAUUCGACACUUCACUCGUGUGAUCUGAGGACAGGGUUAUUAUGAGUUCAGUAAACUCAGGUUUGCUUGUUGUUGUUUUUGGCCUGCACUAUAGAAAUCAUACUUUAUUACACGUAUUAUUCAAUGUAUAUCACCAUGGUCUUAUUUUUGGCAUACCAUUAAUUAACCAACUAUUAUACUUUUGUAAAUUAACAAUGUAAAGCAGCACAACUAGUCUUAACCACAGUUAUGUUGGUUUUGCACAGAAUGUAAAGCAACUCAUCGUGCAGCAGUUGACAUUUAGCGAGAUGUUUUUAGGAUUAAAGGUUAACUCGGGUGGUCUCAUUGGCUGAGGACACAUGUCACUGUCUCAGCAUAGCUUCUUGUAUCCCUGAAUGCCAUUUCUCUUAGCUUCCUCUCAGUUCUAAUCAGACACAUAUUCACCUCACUCGGGUUUAGGCUUGUAAAUAACAUCCUCAUUAUGAAGUGGAUUACAAACACGUAUUAAACACUCCUGGUUUACAGGCCACACAUGUCCCACAUUAGAUUAGAAAAUCCUGCAUAUGUAAUGAAAUUCUUCUUCCCCGAAAUCUAACAGUUAAUUCUGAGCUCUGCUUGUUCUCCCUCUGCUUUAUAGGAUUUAUGUCACAUUCAAUUUGAUGUGACAACAUUUCAGGUUUGAAAUAAUAAUACCUGUAACUAAGGACAGAUUGGUGGAUUUAUGAACAACUAUGAUUGACUAGUGAUUAUGAGUUUUGCAAAGAUGAUUUUUGACUUGCUACUUGCUUUACUCAUACAACAUUGAUUCAAUAUAAUGCUAAUUAGCUUUUUGUGAAACAUUUAAUGGGAAUCUAAUGCAAAUGUUGCAUUUAUUGGCAACACCCAUUUGCUCACAAUGACACUGCAGUUUUGAUCAUUUAAUUAGUAUUGCCGGAAAAAAACAUGUUAGUAUUAAAACCUUUAAGUUUAAAUUAGAAAAGUUUAACGGUAUGUGAAUGCCCACCAUGAAAGAAAAAGGAGAUAAAACAUUUUGAAAUGAAAUCAUGAACUUUGAGGGAAUUUUUCAGGUACCACACGUUUGAAACUAGCAACAAUCAUAAGAUUACAGGUGUUAACAAUACUGAGCUCUAAAAACUAUAAACUCCCAGCUGUUUCCAUUUGAGAGGUGUGUCUUAGUGACUGAAACAGUAUGACGCCAGGUCAAACUCUAACAAUCAACUGGAACAAUGCUGUGAUGUUAAAGAUGUUUUUAAGACCAGUGUGUUUCUUCAUUUUGACCUGUUGAUUUAGCGCUGUCUUCCUUUUCUUUGCUUUUACUAUUUUACUUUACAGUUUCCUUUCAAUGCUGUGAUGGAGGACCUGGGUAUGUUUUUAGUCACAUGACAAUGAAGAGAAUAGUCAAAGCAAAUGAGAGAGCAGCAUUACACAGCAUGUUCCUUUGCCACACAAACACACUUUGAGAAAACAAAUCUAAGGUAUUGAGUUUUUAAAACAUGAUUUGACUGCUGUUAUAUUGGUUGAUAUACAUUUGUUAAUAAAGAUAAAUCUUAUAUUAAGUUUAAA